UGCCUACCCCACCUUGUUGGAGGCGGUAGAUUAUCGAUCUACGUUGAUUCGGAUAAUACGCGGACGGUUUCUAAAACAAUUUUUAUCGGCCUUCGGGAUGUCUCUCCGUUGUUUCAGCGCAAUACUGACGUAAUAUCAACAUAGAAGAAGCAACAGUUUUUCUUUUAUUGCCGGUAACCAUGACGAUUAUGCUAUUUGAAAAAUAAGAUCGGCUCAGUGAAGACGAUGGCGGCUGCAAUUAAAGAGCGCUUCUUCCUCUGUGCUCUGUGGCCCUUAAAUAAUUUUCUAAUAGCAACAGGCGUUCUGGUAAAUCAAAACAAUUCACCAUGGAAACGUCGUUUAUCUCUUUUUUGGAGUUUUUUUGUGUUGGGUUUGACGAUUCAAAGCAACAUUUAUAUAUGGAUCACAGACUUCAAGUCUUUCAACAUCCUCUUUUCCGAUCAGGAUAUAAGUAUAGAUCAGUUGAUUCGCGAUGUACUCAUGAUUGACGCGAUUCGGCUAAUCUAUCUUGUCUUCGAUGCAGUUAUUCACAUCAGUUUAGUCUUUAGUAUCUGGCCGUCAGUGAAUUUGUAUCUGGAAACUCUCGAAUCAGUCGAUUUCAAUUUGGGUAGCCCAAAGCUGUCACACCUGAAACGAUACUCACUCGUUGGUCUAGCGAACAUGCUUUUCGAGGUUUUUUUUUUCUCGACGUUUCGACUCUAUCGGAUGUUAUCCAACUCAGCAAUUAUAUGGCCCCUCGCAAUUCAGAGUUACAUCAAACUAUUUGCCAAUCAUUGGUUUAGCGUUGUACCUGUUUGGAUCUACUACAUAUGCGGCCAACUCCAUGUUUUCUACGUCCAGAAAAUGGUUGUUAGGUUAAAUUUACUUAACGAACUGUCAAGAAACACUACAACUGUGCAUCGAAUUGUUUCUCCACGUUCAUUUACCAUCCUGCGAUCUCUGACACAACUGUACUCGGCCGCUGAAUUGCUCCAUCAUCGUUUCAGUACAAUGUUGAUGAUAAAUUCUUGCUCGACGCUAAUCAGCAUGUUCUCUGCUUCUUACUAUUUGAUCGAGUCUUUUCGUCAAGGAGAUAUGAUUAUGCUUUGCCGGGACAGCAGUGACAUGAUAACAUCCUUUAUUCGAUUCUGGCUCAUGUGUCAUACCGCUGAUCGGAUACGAGAGGCUGCUGCGGAAUGCAUCCCAAUCCUGCGAGAGUUAAGAGACCACACCGCUGGAAAGGCGGAUGUUAUGGCUUCUACCGACAGGGUUAAAGUUACGUCAUUCAUCAUUGAAAUAUCACAGUUGAACAAGAAUGGAGAUCGACAGAGUUUGUACGGGUCACUACCUUUAUCGAAGAGACUUAUUAUUCCGACGAUGGAGAUUAUUUUCACGUACCUGAUCAUCAUCUACCAAUUCAAAGAUGCUGCCCACUGAUCACAUGCGUACUUAAGGUUCCCAGUAUAUCACUGAAACAACUAUCAAGUCGUCAUUGCUUGAGAUUUGAAAUUGUUGUUUCAAUAUAUUGCACGUUUGAAGUG